AAUCUAAAUUAAACCAAAGAAAUGUCUAUCCAUGAUUCAGAAUUUGAAGAUGAUCUUGAUGAAAUCCUCAUCAAUGAAAUUUAUAGAGGAGAAUUUGUUGGAGAGAGACUUGAAGAUGGAAAGCGUGAUGGAUUUGGCAGAGCUAUAUUACCAAAUCGUGAUCAAUAUGAAGGCGAAUAUCGACAAGGAUUACGUAACGGAAGUGGAUGUUAUUAUUUUAACAAUGGAUCUCGUUACAAUGGUGAAUGGAAGAAAGGAUCUAAAGAUGGUCACGGAAAGUUUAAUUAUCCUGAUGGUAGUUCAUAUUGUGGAUCAUGGAAGGAUGGGAAGAAGCAUGGAUAUGGCAAAUAUAUUUAUCAGAAUGGUGAUGAGUAUGAAGGUGCAUGGAAACAAAACAUCCGACAUGGCAUCGGUGCAUAUAAAUCUCAAGAAUCUGACAUCUCAUUUAAAGCAACAUGGAUUGAUGGACUUCCCCAAGGUCCAAUAGAAAUCUUUUAUCCAACAUUUCAUUAUCAUGGCUAUUGGAAUAAAGUACAUCCAAUUGGAGGAGGUGCAUUUACAUUCGGUACAAAAUACAUGAUGUCAGGUUACAUUGAGAUGCUUAAGAAUGCCGACAAUGUUGAUUCAGUAAAGUCAUCAAAUGAAAUGCUUGAUGUAAAAACACAAUCAUCAUCACAAGACAAUGUGGAACAAGAACAAGAAGUAAAUGAUGUGAAUGUGGAGAGCAAAAAUGAGAAUUUAACAAAUGUGAAAUUUCCCAAAUGCCUUCCGCAUUUUAUUGCUCAUGAAAUUACGCAAUAUGAUUAUUCACAUUUACCACAACAUCCCAUUCCACCGCCAGAAACAGAUUCUGAAAUUUCAAUCUGUACGAAAAGCUCAUCGAGCGGUGGAGAUGAAGUUCAUUUAUAUCAAGUGCAUUCACCAAUUUUGGUAUCACUUGAUUCCAUUCAAUAUUGCAAUGAAGAUGAAAAUGAAGAUGCCAUGGAUGAAAAUGAGAUCAAUUGUGCUGAUGAAUCCGAAGGGCAUGAGGGCAAUGAAUAAUGUUUUUCAUCCUUCUCCAAACAUAAUUCUCAACAAAUUCAUUUCAAAAUUACUCGAUUCACGAGGGAGAGAUGCUGAAAAUAAAAUGCAAAACUUUUUCCAUUUUUAAAAAACACAGAAGGAAAAUGAGUAUAAAUUUCAGUUGUAUUGCUUCCUCAAGAACUCUGAAAAAUUUUCAUAAAACUUUUAAG